AUGGUCACUGAGUUGAAGAAACUGGAACUCGUUGGGACUGUCGGCACCGAUGUUGAGUUUGGGACCGUCAAUAAUGGGCGCAUGCCAGAAUCCCUUCGCAACCUCAGCAAAGAGAUCGCAGCCCUCAACCGGAAACUGGUUCGCAAAAUCGACCUCAUCGUCCUGCCAGUUAUCGAUAUCCUCUACAUCUUGAACUAUAUCGAUCGUCAGAACCUGGCUGCGGCGAAAUUGCAAGGCAUUAUGGAGGAUCUCAACAUGACGACUCAGCAGUUCGCAACGGCAAUCUCGAUCCUCUUCGUUGGAUAUCUUCCUUUCCAGAUCCCAAGUAACCUGAUCAUUGCAAAGGUCUCGAGACCUGGCCUCUACAUAUGUGCUGCUGUGGUCAUUUGGGGUUCGAUCUCUGCUGCAACAGCGGCUGUGAAGACCUAUGGCCAGCUUUUGGCUGUGCGUGCCGUUCUCGGAGCGGCGGAAGCUGUCUUUUCUCUGGGAGCUAUCUAUCAUUUGUCAGCCUGGUACAAUAAGACUGAGCUUGGAAAGAGGAUCGCUGCACUGUACAUUGCACAACAAUUCGGCAAUGCUUUCGGCGGACUCUUCGCUGCUGCUGUCUUCAAACUCGAUAGAAGUCACGGAAUUCGUGCGUGGCAGUGGUUGUGCUCUGCCACCGUUGUUAUCGGUUCGAUCUGCGCCUUCCUGAUGCCAGAGUUUCCGCACAACAGCAAAACCUUCUCUCCGAUCCAGUACGACCUCGCAGUUUGGCGUAUCGAGUCGGAGUCCGGCGCAGCAGAGGGUACCGAAGACGAGAGUGUGCUGAAAGGAUCCAAGAUGGAGAUUGCCGCUGCAAAGGUUGAUGCGCACCCCAUCAACGUACCAAAUGCCGUGUAG